AAAACAGUUCGAUGGUGGUGGCUGGGCGUUCGGUGAUGGUUUCCUGUGAUGUUCAGGCUUUAUUAUAUUUCCCUCUCUUUGUCUUUGUUUUACAGUCGGUGAGGAAGUCGUUUGUCCUGUCUGGUGUCAGUGGGCUGUUAAGGUCUUCUCCUGGGGCUUUGAGAGAGCUUCUCCAGCAGGACCUCAGAGUCUGUCUUCAUUUUACAUCUUCUCUGCUCGGGAUGCUUCACUCCGUGGAGGAACCGGCCACUCUGGGGAAGGUUGACCAAGUGCUGGUUCAGCUGCUCUUGGAGCUCCACAGCGAGCCGUCUUAUCGCUUCGUUUUGGAUGAGAUACACAAACAGCUCAGUGACCAGCUCAGUGUGAAGAGUCUUCUGCCCGUUUUCAACUUCUUGGGGAACCUGGUGGAAGCCGCCCCCAACCUCGCCUUCACGCUGGCGACUCAGUACGCCUCCCUGCUGGAUCACCUGUGCUCGGCACUCCUGUACCCCGAUGAAGCGCUGAAGGCCUCGGUCCUGUACGUGUGGCUCAGACUGUUUGGGACAGCCGGGGGCUCGGCCACUCAGUCUGUACCUGCUGCCAUCAGGGACAGAGUGUGCGUCCUGCUGCUGCAGACUUUAGCCAACGCCAGCUCCCCUCUGCUCAUCAACAAGUGUGUUGGCCUGCUGUCGCUGCUGGUUCAGAUGGGCGAGGCAGUGUCGGUUCUGAUGAAGAGCAGUCCGGUCCAGGGCAGUGAGAACCAGAUCACCCACAGCAACAACAGUCAGACCCCGAGCCAAACCCAAGAGCAACAGCCCCCCGAGCUCUGCCCUCUGCCUCUCAUCCUGAAAAAGCUGCUGCUGAGUGGAGAUGAGACGUUGCAGGCGACCAGUGCGAAGUGUAUUGCGUCCGUCCUGGUUCAUUCUCCCGCUCAGUUCAGCGCUCCCUUCAUCAAAGCCGACAUACCAGAGUUUCUGUUCGACCGGCUGGCUGGGAGCAGUGAUGAGGUGCUGCUGUGGUCUGUGUACAGCUGUCUGCUGUUGCUGACUGAGGACGCGCUCUUCUUCUCUCAGUGUCACUCUGUGUACGGUAUCGAGUCCCUCGUGCGCAGCCUGAAGGAAGCUCUGCGGCUGACCAACUUGGAGGUGCCUAAACAAGGCCUGCUGCUCCUCACUGAGAUCCUGGAAAGGCAGCCCCCCAAUGUGCGCCUGUUCCCGAGUGGUGGAGGGUUUGUGGCAGUGUCAGAGGCGGUCUUAGCUGGAGUGUCUUCCUCCUGCAUACUGGUCGCCACACAGGCUGCUAACGCUGGCUCCACCCUGCUCAGGCUGAACCAUCAGUCUAUACCGGUCCAGUACCGGCAGAUAGAAGCGCUGAUCGAGGCCGUCACCAACAGAUUCUCUGAGCUGACUCCACCUCCUCCCGCUCGCCAUCAAAGCUCCGCGAGUCUGAGGAGGUCAGACCCCAGCAGUCAGGCUUCCAGGUCCGAAGGGUUUCUGCUGCAGGCUCUGGUCUGCUUCCAGGCUGCCUGCAGGUUGGCUGAAGAGUGUGCAUCAGAACCGGUCCUGAAGGAGAACACGUUCACGGCUCCGUCCAAACACAGCGCGGACACACUGGAGUCUUUGUGUCGGUGUCUGCUGCGCUGCUGUGACUCCGUCUGGAUACCAGCAGUCAUUAGGACGUGUGAGCUUGCACCCAACCCUCAGAUUCUGCAGCACUUCUUCUCCGUCCUGUCAGCCCACUUCACCCUCCUCCCGUCCCUCAUGCCCGUCUUUGCAAAGAAGUUAGCGUCCUCGGGUUUCUACAGGCUGGCUCUGGAACACAAAGCACAUCUCUGUGCAGGAAACAGGAACCCAAACCUGAAUGCGUCUUGCUGUGGUUUUCUACAGAAGCUCAGUAUGAGUCUGCUUGCUCAGUCAGACUCCUACCAACAUGAUUUCGACGAGGUGGAGAAUCUUCUGCUGUACAACCUUCCCUCUUUGUGUUACCGUCUGUCAGACUGGCCCUGUCUGCUGUGCGAGGCCCCGGGGCUCCAGCUGUGUGAAUACAAAGGACCGAGGGCCACUCAGUUCUGUCUGCUGAUAAUGCUGCACCUCGCCCUGCAGCAAGGAGACAGGCUCCUCCCAGACUACACAGUGUUCUCCAGUGUGGUGUGGCUGCUGCGUUCGGUGCAGGAUCAGGGCUGCUGUGCCCUGCCUCUCUCCGUGCUCCGCUCUGCCCUCUACCUGCUGGCUGUGACGCAGGACAAGAGCCCCAGCCUGGACGGGGCUCCUGUAAACUGCAUCAGUAAGGCGCUCUCCUCCUGCCAAAGCUUCUCCUCCCUCUACAUCCACCAUCCCGCACUCCUCCACUUCAUCUUUCGCUACCCGGAGCUUGCAGAGAAAUUCGGGCCUCUGAUCUUGGAGCUUUGGUUGACAAAGCAAGCAGAGUGCUCAGAUUCACAGCACACGAUGAUGGCUGGAGUGCAGGAGAAAGGAGAGAAAAGAGACAGCCAAACUGAUGAGAGGCCGGAUCCAGAGACGGACAGAGACACUGUGGAGCUCCUGACUCUCGUUGAGAAGUAUCCAGCCAUCAUACUGACGCUCCUGGACAUGAUGUGCACCAGAGAGGCCCCCCUGGCAGAGCAAGCCCUGCGCGUGCUGGAUCUUCUUCUGCGCGGUCAAAGAGACUACGAGGCUGACUUGUGUGCGAAUCUUAGACCAACUCUGCUCCAGGCGCUACAGCGGCUCAGUGUGGAGAACAUGGGACACAGUGACCCGGUGAACUCACUCCCUCUGGUGCUGAAGCUGCUCUGUGUGCUGCAGACCAGUGACCCGCCUUCGUCUUCCUCCUACAGCAAGAUGGACGGCGUUCACUUCAAGCUGCUCUACCACGUGAGUAACAUAGCAGGGAAACUGAAGCCGACCAACACACAGAGCCUUCUACCUGCCUUCAACUACCUGUACUGCUGCCUGAGUCUGUCCCCUGCACACUGCACCGACAGAGCUGUCUCCAUGCUGCUCUCCAACAGUGGACUGAUGGACCAGCUGCAGACCGUCCUCUCCUCCUCCACCUCCUCCUCCUCCGCUCCACCCCUCCCUCCUUCAGGCCUGCUGUGCUGCUGCCAUCUCCUCCUGUCCUCCCUCAUUACCUUGCAACACUUUCACUCCACUCAGGUCCAUACGAGCGUCAGAUGGAGUCUGGACUCAGCUGUGCACAGACUUCUUGUUCAGAAGAGGAAAACAGACAAUCUUCUGCUGGUCAGCUUCCUGAGGUUGCUGCAGGCUCAGCUUGACGUGGACCUGGCCUCGGCAGUGGUCUGUGUGAGUUCUGGUUCAGGUUUGGUCGGACUCAGACCUCUGGGAGUUGAAGAUGGUGCUUUAUACCCGCUUGGAACCAGAGGCGCACAGCUCCUCUCUGCCGCUCUCAGUGGACUUCUCCUGCAGAAACACGAGCUGCUGCUGAGAGCCUCGGUGAACUGUCUGAGCUCCCUGCUGGGCUUCCUUCAGAGGAAGAGUCCGACUACAGCAAAGAACGUGGUGUGUCAGCCGUGGAGUCGAUUCCUCCUCAACUGCAUGAUGAGCUCAGGAGAGAGCUGCUGUCUGCACCCGGCCGUCCUCAGACUCAUCUCCACUCUCCUGCAGCACCGCAGCACGGCCGUGCUGUGGGCGCCUGACCUGCUGCAGGUGAUGGAGGCGGUGGAGAGGAGGGGCGUGAAGGAGCUCAGUGAGGACGCAGCACAGACCCUCAGACAGCUCCUCACACAGAUCCUCGACGGCGUCCUGCAGCCUCCGCCCUCAGUGGAGGACAGGCUGAGAGUGAUGAGUGUGGUGGAGUCACUCGACCUGCAGAUACAAGCCGAGAGCUGCAGUCAGAGUCUGCAGAGCGACGUCUUGUAUCCCUCCUAUCAAGUGAAACACACUCAAACACACAGGCUGACAUGCUGUACACCAACGCUCACAUCCUGCAGGAAGCUGAAGCACGCUCCUGUGAGGGUCCAACACACGCAGGGUGGAGAACACCCAGAAUGCACUUCAAAUGUCAGCAGCUGAGUCUCCUCAUCGAUUUUCUCUCGCCGUGUAUUGAACGUCCGUGUUGUGCGUCUCGAUUAAUCUCUCUGAGCGUGUUGAGAACAACACGGGGUCGUUACUGUAUCUCUUUCUGCUCCUUAACCUCCGUCUCCAGGCGUGUUGGCGACGUGUCCAUCUGUCUGUCUGACUUCACGCUGAGAGCCGGAUGGCGCCCCGACAAACUGAAGAUAUGACGGACGUUUUCAAACCCUCAGUUCUGUUUUUAUUUGUUUUGUUGUAUUUAUUUAGAACCCGUUCACCUCAUGUUGUUUCUGUUCUUCUUCUCCUCAUGAAGCAGCGCCGUCGUUUAUCUGUGGAUGUUUUUAACCUCAAUCACAGGUACAGGACGCCACGGGGACAUUUUAAUCUGAACGCUCAACGAGCUUUAUAAAAUAUUAAAAGACCAAUCAAUAAGCAGCAGAAAAAAACACAAUAAUAAAGAUGGAAAUAAAACUUCUGCUGUGAAGUGAAGAAAGAAGUCGAGGUGAAACCUGCGACCGUUAAUGUGAUCUUCAGUUAAUUAUCAACAUAGUCACAUAGCUUGUUUGUUUUUUACAGAGGAUGUUUAAAGCUAAUUCAAAAAGCUGUUUGAAUAAAAUACUUCCCUUUUUGGGGGAAUCAAAAAAAUACAUUUUCUCCAUAACUUUAUUUAAUUUUUAUUUCUGUAAACACACGAUGAAGUCUCUCUGGCCGGGUUUCAGUAAAUUAAUGUUGUUUACAUUUGAAGGUCAAAUAUUCUAAAUCCUCUUCUCCAUGUUCCUCUAACUCUAACAUGUGUCUCUAGUCCGUCUACAAACCCCCCAAUGAUGAGAAAAGUCCAUCCUCUCC